AUGGCCGAUUUGGAGAGGCGGCUGGUUCGGAAACUAGAUCGUUCUGCGUUCAGCAACGCCUAUGUAUCCGGCUUGAAAGAGCAUCUCAACCUGGUUGGGAACCAGUACAGCAUCCUUAUUGCUAUGUUCACAGCAGGGUCAGUGGUCAACUCCCGCUGA